CAAUUUACUACGACCGCGUGAAGCCUCCCACCGGGAGGGUACAAGUAAGUGACGAGUUCUACGCUUAGUAGGUGCGCAUUCCCAGACCCCGCAAUCUUCGUCAUUGACUAUCAUGGCACCCAUCCGAACACAAUGGACGCGUCUCAUCCGCUUUGUCGCCGUAGAGACUGCACAAGUCCACAUCGGACAGCCGGUUGACCCUAGACUUGAUGUUGGCCUUGCUUCAUGGAACAAACAGACCAUCAGAGCUUAUGAGAUUUCCGGGUCCGCCCUUGACCCUUCCGCCCAAGUUACAAGCAACAUCCUGACAGUUGAAAAGCUCCUUUCUCCUCUCUCUCGCGAAGAGAUGAAGGUCGUUCGGUGCCUGGGUCUCAACUACUCCGACCACGCAGCAGAGGCAAACAUGGCUAAGCCUGCCGCCCCCAUCUUGUUUUAUAAGCCCCUGGCGUCGAUGAUCGGCCCCAACGCACCAAUCCUCAUUCCCAAGGUUGCGCAACCUGUCGAAGAGCACCUCUCUGACUACGAGGUGGAACUCACCAUCGUUAUUGGAAAGACGGCCAAGGACGUGUCUGAGGCGGACGCUCUUGACUACGUCCUCGGGUACACUGGCGCCAAUGAUGUAUCAUUCCGCAAGCAUCAGUUGACAACUUCCCAGUGGGGAUUCUCCAAAGGUUUCGACAACACUACCCCCCUUGGUCCUGUUCUCGUUUCAAACAACGCCAUUCCCGACCCCCAGGACAUCGCCCUGACGUGCGUACUCAAUGGAAAGGUUCUCCAGGACGGUAACAGCAGCGACCAAAUCUUCAAUGUCCGGCAAACGGUCUCUUUCCUCUCGCAGGCAACCACCCUCGAGCCGGGGUCGGUCAUCUUGACCGGAACACCUAAGGGUGUUGGUUUCGCCAGGAAGCCUGCCAUUGUACUAAAGAACGGUGAUGACUGCAGAGUAUGGUUGGGUAACGGUAUUGGCACACUCGUCAACCCUGUCAUCGAGGAGGGUCGUUAUUCGGCGAGGUUGUAGAUAUGUAACUAUGUAUAUAUCACCUUGUUCUUUUUCUCGUGAAUUGACCAGCAGGUAACGGAUAUGAUACAGUCAUGUACAAAAGUUGAUACAUAGU